AUGUUGUUUAAAAUUAUAUUAGUUUGUGCUGCCUUUGUGGUAUGUAAUGGCUGCGUAGCACAAUCCGUAGAACCUAGUAUAGAGAGACAAGGAACUUUAAAUGUAUAUCUGGCGUAUACGAGAAACAAUCCGCGGGAACCCGAAAUAUUCAAUAGCACGUUAGAGUCGAUUGCUGAAACUUCCUUGAACUCAACUCGCAAUACUACGAUCAUUGUACAUGGACAUGAGGGAACAGCCUAUACCAGUAUUAACCCAACUGUUAAAGAUGCUUUACUAACAAACGAAGACGUCAACGUGAUCGUAGUAGAUUGGUCUCAAUAUUCUCUACAGAGUUACAGCAAUGCCGUGAGUGCUGUGCCCAGUGUAGGCACCAGUUUGGCAGAAGUAAUUGAGCAGCUGGUUCAAGCGAAUAUAGCCACUCUUGAUACUAUACAUAUGGUUGGAUUUGAUCUUGGCGCACAUGUCGUUGGUUACGCUGGAAGAAGUCUUGGCGGAGAAGUUGCUAGAAUUACCGGUUUGGAUCCAGCUGGCAAUCAAUGGGGUUCAAAUUCGCAACGCUUAAACAAGGCAGACGCUAAAUAUGUGGAAGUUAUUCACUCUGACACCGGCGGCAUGUUCCCUAAUGGAAUUGGAACUCCGCUGGGACACGCCGACUUCUACCCGAAUGGGGGGGAUAGCCAGCCGGGAUGCUUUCUAAAUAGGCCUUGUUGCCACAACCGUGCCUGGGAAUAUUUCGCUGCGUCGCUAGCAUACACGCAUUUGCAAGGCAAUCAAUGUAGUUCGUUGAGUCAGAUGGCCUUUAACAGGUGUAGAGGCUUUCUUUACCCGAUGGGCACGAACUCUUUGGUUAAGCUGGGAAGCGGCAUAUACAGGCUAAAUACUCGAGGAACCUAUCCAUUUUAUUUAAGUUGGUAUUAAAUCAUAAAAUAAAACAUAAGCGAUUGAUCGAAAGAAUUUAUCUGUAUUUAGUAUUACUUAAAUGAAUA